GCGGCGGCCAAGAUGGCAUUUCAUUCGCUGCGCCCCUGCCGGGGGCUGAACGGGCUCCUUGGCCGCCGCCCCCGGUGCCGGGCGAGGGAGGCAGAGACGGAGGGAGGGAGAAGAGGAGAGAGACACUGAGCGGGCGAGCGGCGGGAGGGGAAAUCGAGGGGAAUCGAGGUCACAGACACGCAGACUCCCCGGCCUGGAGGACUCACCCCGACUCCAGAUCAUUCCUGAUGUUGCCCAGAGUUUUCUUGGCCUUUUUCCUGCUGCCACACACUAUGGAGACAGAUUGAAGGAACAGUUGAUAAUAACUCCAAGAUAUUCCCUAAGUCGCCACUGGUCCCACUGCCAAGUGAUCAAAUUCCAGGUUCACCACCUGCUUCUACCUGCUCUGUAAGGACCCUGCAAUACCAGAAAGCACUGGGACUGACACUAGCUGGAGCAGAAGACUUGAAAAUGAAGAUCUAAUGAGGCCCCCAUCUUGUAUGAGGAGGACGAGAAGCUGUUUUGAAUUCAUCUCUCCAUCCUAGGCCCGUCUGCCUGAUGAGUGGUCCUGUAGUGUCACUGGAUUCUUACAGCCAACUCCUCUCCUUCCCCCAGUAAUGAUGCAAGAAUAGUUGAUUUAGUUCAUGAGAUCUUCUGCACAGGAUCGUGUCCCUUUGAGAAGGUGAAUUCAGAGAAUACAAGAAAACAGAAUGGUUACUAAUCCAUGACUCCCAACAGUAUGUCAGGCCUGGGCGGUGAAUCAGCCUUAUACCUGUAGUUACCCUGGAAACAUGUUUAAAAGCGAGUUCUCUGACAUGGACAUGGCCCUGAAUCAGUACAGCCAACCUGAAUAUUUCACUGAAGAAAAACCUACUUUUUCUCAAGUGCAGUCGCCGUCGUACUCUCAAAAAAAAGGGUACAUACCCAGUUACUUAGACAAGGACGAACUAUGUGUAGUAUGUGGUGACAAAGCCACUGGGUAUCACUACCGCUGCAUCACUUGUGAAGGCUGCAAGGGUUUUUUUAGGAGAACCAUUCAGAAAAAUCUCCAUCCAUCCUAUUCCUGUAAAUAUGAAGGAAAAUGUGUAAUAGACAAAGUAACAAGAAACCAGUGCCAGGAAUGUCGCUUCAAAAAAUGUAUCUAUGUUGGCAUGGCAACAGACUUGGUGCUGGAUGACAGCAAGCGGUUGGCAAAGAGAAAGCUGAUAGAAGAGAACCGCGAGAAGAGACGCCGGGAAGAACUGCAGAAAACGAUUGGCCACAAGCCAGAACCUACUGAUGAGGAAUGGGAGUUGAUCAAAGUUGUCACCGAAGCACAUGUGGCCACCAACGCGCAAGGCAGCCAUUGGAAACAGAAAAGGAAAUUUCUGCCAGAAGAUAUUGGCCAAGCACCAAUUGUAAAUGCCCCAGAAGGUGGAAAAGUGGAUUUAGAAGCCUUCAGCCAGUUUACAAAAAUUAUCACACCAGCAAUUACAAGAGUGGUGGAUUUUGCCAAAAAGUUGCCUAUGUUUUGUGAGUUGCCAUGUGAAGAUCAGAUAAUCCUCUUGAAAGGCUGCUGUAUGGAAAUCAUGUCCCUCAGAGCUGCCGUGCGCUAUGAUCCAGAGAGUGAGACUUUAACCCUCAAUGGGGAAAUGGCAGUGACACGGGGCCAGCUGAAGAAUGGGGGGCUUGGGGUGGUGUCUGAUGCCAUCUUUGACCUGGGCAUGUCAUUGUCUUCAUUCAAUCUGGACGACACCGAAGUAGCCCUCCUUCAGGCAGUCCUGCUCAUGUCUUCAGAUCGCCCAGGACUCGCAAGUGUCGAGAGGAUAGAAAAGUGUCAAGAGGGUUUUCUGCUGGCCUUUGAACACUAUAUCAAUUACCGAAAACACCACGUUGCGCACUUUUGGCCAAAACUGCUGAUGAAGGUGACAGAUCUGCGAAUGAUAGGAGCCUGCCACGCCAGUCGCUUCCUGCACAUGAAGGUGGAAUGCCCCACGGAACUCUUUCCACCAUUGUUCUUGGAAGUGUUUGAGGAUUAGAAUGACUGGAUUGUUUCUCAUAAUUCCUACAGCACUACUGGGAGUCAUUUCAUUCCAUUGCCUAGCUCUUUUUGUUUGUUUGUUUAUUUGUUUCUUUUCAUUUGUGGGAGGGAGGGUUGUUUUUUUUUGUUUGGGGGGUUUUUUGUGCAUAGACAUGGAUGAAAAUGUCCCUUUAAUGCGGGUACUUGUGACUAUUGCAUUUUGUUCUUCAGUCCUUUGAUGUGAAUGCUUUGAAAGUUUAUCAGUGAACAAGAAAUCACCAAGUCACCAGCACAAAGUGAUCACCAGCUCUCAUCCAGCCCUGAUGUGAGAGACAGGAGAGGAAUCUGCAGAACACCCAGGAAACUGGAAGGCCUCUGAAAUGUUGCCAUUCUGACCCUGUAAUGACUUUUUCCAGUUACACCUCAUUUUACUGGGCACAAAUGAUCUUAUGAUCAGAUGCAUGUUCUAGUUUUUUUCAUGGUCAGUCUGGAGAAAUCAUGACCAUAUUCCUAGAGAAUUCUAUUUAUCCUGGCCAUGUUAGCAGCAUUUUUGGGCUCACAUUCAUAUGAGUAUUUGUGUCCUAUAAAAUCAGAUAUACUGUCAUUUUUUUUAAUCUAGCAAUUUUGUGCAGUCUCCUUAUAAAAGGAGACUCAAAGAUCCAGAAUGAGUAACCACAAAAAAAAAGGUCAAGAAAUCCAAGAAAGCCAAAGUUUAAGUCAAAGCUAGUCCUUUUCAGUAGCCCACCAACUGCCCAACAAUAUAUUUAGUUCUGAGCCCUCUGGCUCAUUUCAAGAUGCUGAGAAAAUUUCAAUGGGAAAACAAAUUCACAAUGGAAUGUCAUUUGUUACUGACAUUGUUCCAUCAGGUCAACCCCUACAUCCCUGAAAUUCUUUCCAUUCAUUACCUACGUGGGAGACAAUCUUCUCUAAGCUGACACCAGCUUGCUCUGUGGAUGAAAUUUUCAAAUCAAAAUAUCGGGACAAACAUGUAAGUAGCCUAAUUUUAGGAAUAGUGUAUGGAAAGGGAUUAUCUGCAUUCUGAGUUGAAGAUAACCGGAGUGGUCUAAACACUUAAAAGUAGCAUUAGGGAAAAAGACCUCCAGUUAACGGGUACUCGGCUUUAUCUUCUUCACUCAAGACUUUCUCUUGAUCCCCCUCACCCGCCACUGUAGCCAGGGUUUUAAUAUCCCUAGACCAAGACAGAAUAACUGUACUCCCCUCCUCACUUGGGGCCCUCUGCUUGGUUCUUGGGGGCACUGCUCCAGAGGGAUGUUUAUAACUCAAGGGCCUUCACAAGAGACAAUGAAAAAUGGGUUUAUAUUAAAGCAUUUUACUUGUGAAGAAACUGAAGGGGAAAAUGCUCACCCCCACGCUGGUGCAUCAGUAGCACAGGCAUUUUUGACACUGAGCGUUUCUCCGUGUUGGCCUUUCAUGGUGCACAAUGUUUACAGGAUGGCCAAGUGAAGGGACUACUGUUCCUAGCUCUGCCAAACCCACUAAAAGUGUGAAGGUUUAGUCAAAGUAAUCAAGCAUCAAAAACAUGAAAAUCGCAAAAAGAAAAUAAUUCCUAGUGUUUUCUUCAUUCCUAGUCCUAGCUCUAUUAGUCCACAACUGAAGUUUACGAGUUGUUUAGAACACUUUGCUCUGAUGAGUUUCACAUUAGUAUUUGGGGAGAGCACAUAAAAUGAUUCUAGUGAAUGAACCGACUCUAGGAGGACAUAGCCUCUCUAUGUCCUCCCUCUUAAUGGAGGAGCAGGGAUAUGAACAGCGUUAAAAAGCCAAAUGAUAAGAUAUGAUUGAAAUAAGCUAGGCAAGUUCCAUGGAAAGAAGGAUUCAGAUUGUGCCAACUGACCAAUAGACUGAAAUCAGGUCUGACCAUAAUUAAGUUCUGCUAGGGGUUGUUCACAUAGCAACACAACCAAUGGGCUGGAAAGGAGUUAAAAUUCCAGAGAAAUGUUUUCAGUAUUUGGUAUGUCUAAGGAGGAGGGAGAGGAUUGGAGAUUUCUAGCCAAAAAAUGAUGUUUAUUUAGGAUUCACCAAGGGCUCAGUAAUCCAUAGUGAUUUAUUUUGGUCCAAUGGUAAUCACCUGAUGACCUUUGGAUAAAGUACCCCUUGAGCAAAAUAUCUUUUUGCCACCCUAGCAACAUCCCUAUAGGGCUGAACAUUUCUGUGGAACCUGACUUAUCAGUCAGCUUCUUGGGGGUGUCUCCUACUUUUGCUCAGUGAAAAUGGUAAGAACUUUAGACUGAAACACUGCAAUUGGGAGCAGAGUUUUCCUUCUUGUGUCAGCUGCCUUUGGUUUCUAAUGGCAAGCUUUUAUGUCUUAAUCUCGUUCCCUUGAAAUCUUGACAUUUACUUCUAGAGUAGAGCAUACACAGUGUUCAGUGAGCUCAGAACGACAGUCCACACUGUGCCUGACCUGUAGAUUUUAGAAUUCCAGCCUUGUUUCUGUGGACCGCUAAUCACUUGCUCUUCCAUGAACAGGUGCGUGAGCGAAAACACCACACCUUUUCCUCAAGAAGGAUUCAGCUUUGAUGGAGCUGUUGAUCACUCUCAAAGCAUGUCAUUGUUAGUGAUGUAUUUUUAUUCUAUGGAACUCUAAACUGUAUGUGUCAUAUUGACCUUUUGCUGCAUGAAACAUCAGUUUUAAAAAAUCGGUCUUAUGGUUUUGAGAUGUAGCCAGCAUUUGUAAGGCUAAACCUUUUUCAUUAACUGAAUUUAAAAUCAACACCCAAGGAAAACAUCCUAGUUCUGAAAAGAGCAAUUCAAGCAUUUGAAAUGUGUCAUUCUUUCCAACAGCUGGGUCCAUCAGGUCCUAAAAUAAGCUCUUAAUUUUCCUGUUAUUACAGUAAUAUGGAAAUAUUAACAUAGUGUUUCUUUUGAUAGUGAUAUAAUAUGAUCUGUAUUUAAAUUUUAUAGAGAAAAAAUUUAUCGUAGUGUGAUGUAGAUAUUUAUUUUCCAGCUAAAGAUUCACCGUAUGUGUAUUUUUUACAAUUUAAAUUUUUGCUUCACAAGUUAAAAAAAAAAACCGACAACCUACAUUGAGCUAAAAGAAAUGUGAAGGAAAAAAAAAAGGUUUGGCCUUAUCACAGAGUUUUCCCUGUGCUGUAUAAAUGUUUGCAGAUGCAAAAAGUAUGCAUUUCUUGUGUGUAUCCACAUUAACUAAUGUUGCCUUCAAAAGCAAUAUUGUGCAGGUAAUACGCAGUUUGUGGCUCUCCAUUGCACAGUUAAACAACUUUUAAAAGCUAACCCUCUUUAUGCACAAGACAAUCAAAUGUAAAUCUACAACCAGGGUGUAGAUUAGUCUCAUGUAAAUUACUGAGCACAAUGUUAAGACAGAAAAAUGACACUUUAUUUAACUAUACAUGUUAAGUUGGAAAUGAAAAUAUCAGGGCAUGAAACAGCUGACAUUGUCAUUUCUUUCCUCUUUUGGUUCUUCCUUAACUUUUCUCUAUUAAUUUGCUUGUAGGUAAACACCAAAUUAGUUUUUCAUAAGACAAACACAAAUGAACUAUUUUUGCUAAUAUGUUCAUGCCCUGAAAAGUGAGGAAAGUGCUACACAGUAUAGUGAAAGACUUAAAGAACAUUGGAUGAUGUAUUUUUUUUUUUGCAAACAGUGUUAUGUGAUAUUGCUAGAUUGGUAAUAUUUUUUCAGCCUAAAACUAUAUUAAAAUCUGUGAUCACAAAUGUUUUCAACUAUCCAAAAAGAAAAUUUGUAUAUUUGGAAAAAAAUGAAUUUUUACAUAGCUUUUGUAUGCAAAUAUUAAAAUGUAAUUAUAUAGUGGGCAUAAACUCGUAAGCUUAAAUUCUAAGAAGAAAAAGCUUAUAAUUGGUAAA